AGUAGCGUUGACAAUUGAGAUGCUGAAAAAACGUCCUCGCAUAUUUUCCAAAAAGUUGGAUUGUGAGUGAAAAUUAGUGAGAAAAACUGACGAGAUCUGGCUGUAAAAUGAAGUGUUCUGUACCCAAUUGUGCAACUGGCCGUGGAAAAUUGCUAAAUAAGUGUCAAUUACACCGAUUGCCCAAAAACAGGACUUUAGCUGCAAAAUGGAUAAGAUUGUUAAACUUGAAGGUGAACAGCAAAAAUUACAAAUCUGUUCGAAUAUGUGGUGCUCAUUUUCCUUCUGAGACCUAUUAUAAAGCUAGGAAAAUUUAUUUGUUGCGGAAGGGUACUGUUCCAAUGCCCCAGAAUGCAGAAGAGAACAAUGAGAAAGAUUACGGUGAUGUGGAAGUUACGAUGGACUUUAAAGAGAUUCACUAUAAUGUGAGGUAUUCGUCGUCUUCUUUGCUAGGCAAUGCUAGAGGUGGAUAUUCAAUUUACGACGAUCAUGAUUACAUACAACGCUAUCCAACAGAAAAGAGAGCUUCCUUGGAUGUAGACUCGAAUGUUAAAGACAAUACGCAAUUUCAUGAAAUCCGGAAUAAAUCUGUAUACAGUGUUAUCUUCAGGCCUGAAAAUAUCAGACAGAUUGACUUGAGGGGGAGUUAUGAUGAGGCAUCAAGUAAUGCAUUGGUAACGAACAACAAUCCAAAUAUCUCUAUCGUCGCCGUUAAGCCCGAGAUUGUUAGCAACGCAGACGUUAAUGAAGUGGUUGAGAAUCAACAACAGGAGUCGAUGAAUGAAAACGUUCAGGGAGGACUGCAGGAAAGUGUUAAGACCGAACCAGACGAUAAAGAAGUGGAAAUCAAGAGCGAACCAAUUUUUGACAAUGAACCGGGAACCUCUACCAUGGAAGUGGAGCCGCAACUUGCCGUUGCUAACGAUUCCUGUGAUAUGGAAGAUGAAGUGGAGUGGAUCAUGAUGCCACUUGACGAGGAAAGUGACGACAACGAACCAGAAAUCGAUAAAGAGACGGAAAUCAAAAACCAACCGGUUAUUGACAAUGAACCGGAGAUCAACAAUGAACUGCAAGUGGAAGCCUCUACCAUGGAGGCGGAGCCACAGCUUGCCGUUGUCAAUGAUUCCUGUGAUAUGGAAGAUGAAGUGGAGUGGAUCAUGAUGCCAUAUGAUGAGGAUGAAGUAUCGGAAGGAACAAAUGUGGAUAGCGAUUCGCAGUUGACAUGUGAAGAUUACAAAUCCUCAGCGACAGAUAAAUCCAAAGAUGUUGAGAUUGCAAAAUUAAAUGCUAAAAUUGCAAUGUUGGAAAAGAAAAAUAUGGAAUUGAAGAAAAGCAGGAAUGCGCUUGGUAUGCAAGUUAGACGACGUGAUGCAAAAAUCACGAAAUUGGAAUCACAGUCUUCCUCCAGGGACAAAACUCCGGAAAAAUGUAAGCACUGUCAAUUAUCGUUCUCAUUAGACUCCCUGACUGGAGUGAUGCGACUUAUGGUAGAACGUUUUCUGGAGAAAGAUAACCAAGAGUUUUACAAUUCGGCUUUUGAGGAUGAAUUAAAGGAUUUCGCUAUACAGCUUCGGUAUAUUUCGCCUAAAGCAUAUAGAUUUUUGAAAUCGAAACUGGAUGAUGUACUACCUAACGAGUUCAGUGUUUUGAGAUGGAUGAAAGUAGUUGAUGGAAAACCCGCAUUCGCAGAUAAAGCUCUUAAAUCUGUGAAGGAGUAUUUGGGAAAUCUGGAUCGGUCCGAUAAGACCUGACUUGAUAGAAUAGCAGUUGACAAAAUUGAGAUACUUAGCAUACUGCACUGAUUUCAUAUUCAGAAUAAUAAAAGUUCUUUAUAUUAUUAAAAAAAAC